ACACUGUUGAUUCCAUUACUCCUGACAAAGUGCGAGGCUUGAGGGACAUGCUGAACAGCAGUGCAAUGGACAUAAUGUACUAUACCAGCCCACUUUAUAGGGACGAGCUAGUUAAAGGCCUUCAGCAAGAGCUGAACCGAUUAUAUUCCCUUUUCUGUUCUCGGAAUCCAGACUUCGAAGAGAAAGGGGGUAAAGUCUCAAUAGUGUCCCAUUCCUUGGGGUGUGUAAUCACUUAUGACAUCAUGACGGGCUGGAAUCCAGUUCGACUGUAUGAGCAGCUGCUGCAGAAGGAGGAGGAGCUGCCUGACGAGAGGUGGAUGAGCUAUGAAGAGCGGCAUCUUCUGGAUGAGCUCUAUAUGACAAAGCGACGGCUGAGGGAAAUAGAAGAGCGGCUGCAUGGACUGAAGACAUCAGCCAGAACACAGACACCUGCCUUAAAAUUCAAGGUUGAGAAUUUCUUCUGUAUGGGAUCCCCACUAGCAGUUUUUUUGGCAUUGCGUGGCAUCCGACCAGGAAAUACUGGAAGUCAAGACCACAUUUUACCUAGAGAGAUUUGUAACCGCUUACUAAAUAUUUUUCAUCCUACAGACCCAGUG